AUCAUCAAGCUUUAACAACCAACUGGUAGUGAAAUAUCAAAACAAUCAAAAAAUGACUUUGUACGAAAAAAGCUCGUCUAACUUUUCAGAUGAAGGUUCACAAAUGCUUUCAACGGAAGAAAUUGAAAUGAUGGAUGUACAUGAUUAUGCAAACCCACAAGAACUUAAAAAAAGUUUAGAAAAAGUUGAUGGAGUUAAAAAAAAAAAUUUGGUUUAUGAACCACUACCACCAAGAAACAAGACUAAUGGGUUUGCUAAAACUGCAUGCUCUCCUUCCUCUUAUGAGGAAAAGUUACUUUUGCAAAAUAAGAAAAGUUUUAUGAAAGAAAGAUUACAAAGAUUUCUAAUUGUUGUAAUAAUACUUAUGUCUCUUGGUUCUUUCACUUUAUCUGUGCUAACAACUUUUGGUGUAACACAAGCAAGUUGUAACAAGUGUGUAAAAGAGGUAUUUAUUCCAGUCAGUUCUGGUGCAUCAUUGAAAGGAGGACAUGCAAUGGAUGUAGAAAAGUUCACAGAGUUAGAAAAUAAUAUAACUUAUCUUAAAAAAAUGUUGGCAUCAUUGCAAAACCAUGUAAAGUUUCUUGAAAGCAACUAUAGUGUCUUUAAAACUUUUCAACAAGGGCCUCCUGGACCACCUGGACCACCUGGCGAUUAUUACAUAAAAAAAUGUGAGUUCAGAACCAAAAUAGUAUCAUCUCCCUAUAAAAAUGAUGUCAGUUUAUCUAUGGUUGAAGUUGAGGCUGAAAGCAAAGAGGACUUAAUUAUUGGAGUUACUUGUAUGGGAGGCGAAGAAAAUGGUUUGAUUUACGAAAAUGUUGGUAAUAAACCUGUUUUCAAAUGCAGGUGUGCUGGUGCGCCCAAAACCAAAGCUUUUUAUACAGAUGAAUUAAAAUGUCGAGCCCAAUACUGGGUGUGUCCAAUUUAAUAUUUAAUAAAGUUCAAAAUCUCUUAGUGGUUAAUUCUAUAGGAGGUUGUUUUAAUUACAUUAAAAUGAAGAAAUAAAAAUUAUAUUUUAUCUUAUCGGAUCAA